AGGCUUCCGCUUCCGCUCUCGUUUGUUCUGUCGGCAGCGGUGGGUCGUUAGGCAUGGCAGCUGUAGACAGUGGUUGUUUGUUGGACACUUACCGUUCUCCGCUUUCCUCCCGCUAUGCUAGCCCGGAAAUGUGCUUCAUGUUUAGCGACAGAAACAAGUUCCGAACGUGGCGGCAGCUCUGGCUGUGGCUGGCUGAGGCCGAGCAGGCAUUGGGUUUGCCUAUCACAGAUGAACAAAUCCAAGAGAUGAAAUCCAACCUGGACAACAUAGACUUCAAGAUGGCAGCUGAACAAGAGAAAAAAUUACGGCAUGACGUGAUGGCUCAUGUGCACACGUUUGGCCACUGUUGUCCGAAGGCUGCAGGCAUCAUCCAUCUCGGCGCCACCUCCUGCUAUGUUGGAGACAAUACAGACUUGAUUAUUCUUAGAAAUGCAUUUGACCUGCUUUUGCCAAAGCUUGCUAGAGUGAUCUCUCGACUUGCUGACUUUGCUAAGGAGCACGCCAGCCUACCCUCCUUAGGUUUCACACAUUUCCAGCCUGCUCAGCUGACCACAGUUGGGAAACGUUGCUGUCUUUGGAUUCAAGACCUUUGCAUAGAUCUCCAAAACCUGACACGUGUCCGUGAUGACCUGCGCUUCCGGGGAGUGAAGGGCACCACAGGCACUCAGGCCAGCUUCCUGCAGCUCUUUGAGGGUGAUCAUGAUAAGGUGGAGCAACUGGACAAGAUGGUGACAGAAAAGGCAGGAUUUAAGAGGGCCUUCAUCAUCACAGGGCAGACGUACACACGAAAGGUAGACAUCGAGGUGCUGUCUGUGCUGGCGAGCUUGGGGGCUUCGGUGCAUAAGAUUUGCACCGAUAUCCGCCUUCUGGCAAACCUUAAGGAGAUGGAGGAGCCCUUUGAAAAACAACAGAUUGGCUCCAGUGCGAUGCCAUACAAGCGGAACCCCAUGCGGUCAGAACGAUGCUGCAGCCUCGCCCGUCACCUCAUGGGCCUUGUCAUGGACCCGCUGCAGACAGCAUCUGUGCAGUGGUUUGAACGCACGCUGGAUGAUAGUGCCAACCGGCGAAUCUGCUUGGCUGAGGCAUUUCUCACUGCAGAUACCAUACUGAGUACGCUGCAGAACAUUUCUGAAGGAUUGGUGGUGUACCCCAAAGUCAUUGAACGGCGCAUUCGGCAGGAGCUGCCUUUCAUGGCCACCGAGAACAUCAUCAUGGCCAUGGUCAAAGCUGGGGGUAACCGCCAGGAUUGCCAUGAGAAGAUUAGAGUGCUUUCCCAGCAGGCAGCUGCUGUGGUUAAGCAGGAAGGGGGUGACAACGACCUCAUAGAGCGGAUCCGGGCUGAUUCCUACUUCAGUCCCAUUCACUCCCAGCUGGAGCGCUUGUUGGAUCCUUCCUCCUUCACAGGCCGGGCGUUCCAGCAGGUACAGAGAUUCCUGGAAGAGGAGGUUUAUCCCCUGGUGAAGCCAUAUGCAAAUGUGAUGAAAGUGAAAGUAGAAUUAAGUCUGUAGAGUUCGAAAAUUAAUAAAUGAAGAGUCAUGGA